GAGUAAUCUGAGGCGGUGUUCGGAGGGGCAGCGCCGCUGGUCAGCCGAGUCCGACGGAGUUUCAGCUGCGCUGCGAUGUUCAGCCGUGGCCGACGCAGUGCAGCAGCAGCAAUUGCCUGAACUUUCGCCGUCCCCUCCGAGCGCUGUGUAAUAUCUUCUCAACGGUUCAUUGACCCUCUCGGCAAGAGCCCUGAACCCCUAGGUGGACUAGCAGCGCACUUCUCGCAACCCCCAAAUUCCCCGGUGCCGUUUCCGGCCCCUCAGCCGCGCGGCUACACACAUGCCUGGGAUAUUCUCAUGGAAGCACCGAAUUCUUGGCAGGAAGACUCCGGAGCCAGAACGAGCCGUGCAGGUUACGGUGCUUAGAGAUACUGUUGAUCGUGACUUGCAUAAUCACACACCGAGACGGAGUGUCAGGUUCAAUGACUCCCGCAACGAAUUCAGUCAGUACAAUGUGCCCGACUGGCAGAACGACUAUGGAGAGGCCAGGGUGAUCGGAUCUGUCAGUCCUGCUAAUGCAUCUGGAGUGGAUAAAUGCGAGCAGCCGUCGUCGGACUGGCGCUACGCGGACUCGUCCUAUCGGAUGUCGGUGGCUCCGUUGGCGUCGUCCGAAGUGCUGGACGACGACUCGCCGGCACUACGCGGAGGCCGCGGAUUCACGCCAUCGUCGGCUCCAGGCGCCAGCAGAGCCGGAGCCGUGCUGCAGCACCUCAGAGAACAGAAUGAUCACACGGAUUACGAAAGAGUGCGACCCUCAUCGACAUUACCGACAAUGGGAGCUCGAGCGAUGUCUCCGGUAAGGGGACCAACACAAAGCCAGUUUGGAGGGUCCCCAGCUACGAUGCCACGGUGGGACUCUGGAAGAGCCGAACAUUUCCACCAAAACGGCGAGUACGCAACCCCGGCUAGGCAACUCGAGCAGAUGAAUGUGGUCUUCCUGCAGGCAAACGAUGAGGUUAAAAGAGCCAUUCUUCCCCCUGAGGUGCAUAGCCUGGAUCAAGUGAAAAUGGCCUUUGUCCGUGCGUUCCCGAACAUUUCAAGGCAUUACAUUGAACAACCAUCCAUAAAAAUUUACAUCCAAGAGCCCUCCAAAGGACAGCUUUUCUACGAACUUGAUGAUCCUGGUGACAUACGCAAUAAGUCUGUCCUAAAGCUGCGUGAACACUCCAGUACCGGUAUACAAUCGCCAGCACGUUUUCUCGAGCAACCGGAUUAUUUGUCAGAAACGGAAAAUGACGAUGGUAGGCAAAGAUUCGUCUCACUGGCUCGACCGGCAUCAGCCAUGGCACACACAGACUAUCGCAAAACUCGGAAAGCGUACGAUAGCUAUGAUCCUUAUGGAAGUGAUACUAGUAGUCACGAUUCGCGAUCUGUAACAAGGAGUGGUUCUGCCACACCCAUCAUAGAUAAAGAGUCUAGAGCUCGUAUGGAAUCAAUGGAACGGCAACUUGCCGGUCUUUCCAGUCUUGUGCAUUCAGCGCUAGUUAGCAAAGGCAUGAGCGAGAGCAGCAGAAGAGACAUGGCCGACCUACGUAGAGAAAUUCUCGCCCUACAUCCAGACGCUGAACGAGCAGCUUCAGAAGAACCGCCGUCAUUGCCUGAUAGUAUCUCUUCGCAUACACAAAGUCAGCUUGACCAUCUUCGGCAGCAAGUGCAUAAAGCGAGCCAGGACAUGAAGCAGUUGAGAAGGACGGCACAGGUGAACGCUCAGAAUGCCAGAAAUUAUAUUCAUGAGGCUGGCGAAGAGAUUGCGCGAUUGAUAACGCAAAAGAUCUUGCAGCAUAACAUGAAUGACAACCACAAAAAUGAUAAUGGUGCAGUCGUUGCAUCGAAAGAGGAGGUAAACAGAGAACGAAGAUCGCAUGAGCAACGGCUGUCACGGCUGCUUGAAGGACUAUCUAAGUUUGAGAGUAAUGUGGAAUCGGUGAGAAGCAGCGUGCUGACGAGCAAUCGCAAGCUACGGAUGUCCGAAGUGGAAUCUUUGACGGAAGGUCUGACGCAAAUAGGAAGAGAAGCUGCUACUUUGAAGACCGAAUUCCCACCUAUCCAGUCAGCCAUCGAAUCCCACAUCAAAGAUGAUAUGGAGCGUAUUGUCCGUGAGGAGAAGUACAUUCGAGACCAAACGGCGGCUGUGGAUCAAAGCCUGAGACGGUGCAAAGCCCUAGCUAACAUUAUGGUCACCAUGAAAAAGCUCGCCAUGGUGCAAGAUCCCACUAUACAACGGACGAAGAAGGAAAGCAUCUCCUCAGUCGCGUCCAGCACUCCCCCAGCACCUGCACCACCUCCACCACCUCCUCCUCCACCAGCUCCGGCAGCAAACAAUGUACAGCAGCCGACAACGAACGGUCCACAACAGAAUGGAUCCGACUUCGUUGCCCCGUACACUCCAAAUAUCUCAAAGAACGCACCGGAGCAGAUGCCGCCAGUGCCACAAUCUCCUCUUUCGCCAGCAAACGAAUUGGAUAAUGUCCUGGAAGAGGUUUCUCCGAGCGGGAUCCCUCCACGCCCUCCGAGCAGGUAUUCGGUGCAAGACGUGCGCACGAAAUUCCAAAAACCACCUGAGCUUCCUGAACAAAUCAAAAGCCUGAUAGACGAAGUUGCUCGUCGAGCUUCACCUGGUCCAGAUGCGAACGAGCGAAGAUUGGAUUUGGAAGAAAGGCAGGAACGCUUAGCAGAAAAACAGCGACAGCUUCGCUCGCAGUUCCAGCAACUACAGCAAAUGACUCCCUUGCCUUGAACAAUGAGAUCCGCAACGCUUUCGCUGGAAAUCACCUAUUGAAACAUCUGUUGUAGACAUUUUUAUAUUUAUUGAGAGAUUUAUUUGUUCUACAACGUUUGAUUUUCAACUGUUCCAAGCAAAACCUAGUUGUUUUCUUUUUUUGAGAGCUCUAACAAAAGUGCUAUUUUUUUCUCUGGGAAACAAACACGAUUGAUAAGUAAAUAUUUACUCUA